AUGUCAGAUAUCCACUCUAAGGCGCCGUCAAGCCGAAGCCAAUGGCGCAGUUAUGCAGCUGAAAUCCAUCGGGGACACUUAGAGGAGCUUCGGUUGCUGAAUGGCUUCCCGCGUAUCAUUGACGGCUCUAUUAUGCAAGAUAUCAGACAGACAAAUGUCUGCUAUGGUUGCUUCUUCGGGCGGCCAGAGUACCGGCUCCCGUGUGACCAUGUCAUCUGUGAGUACUGUGUCCAGGACUUUGACGACACUCCUAUGGACAAGCGCUAUCCUGGCUGGUUUGUUCAUCAUAGCUGCAUCAUCUGCCAAGCGACCAACGACAAGUGGCCAUACAAAGCUCAAAUCAAACCCGAUCUGGCUGGGGUGCGAGUACUAUCCUUAGAUGGUGGUGGUGUCCGUGGAAUUGUUGAAAUUACCACUCUCCUUCGACUCGAGAGCCAAGUAGGCUUGGGGAUUCCUCUAAGCCAACUUUUUGACUUCAUAAUUGGUACUAGUGCCGGUGGCAUCAUCGCUCUUGGUCUUGGUGUCGAGAGUCUUGAAGUGAAGGAAUGCAGGCGUCGCUUCUAUCUAUUUGUCCGAAAUGGGUUUUGCCACAAGACCUGGACGAAGGCUCGUGGCGUUAGCUGGGUAGCUAGGUGGUUUCGAGGCUCCAUAUAUCACACCGAGCAACUUGAAUCCGCUCUUCGCAGCGUAUUCGCACCAGGCCCCGGUUGCGAGUCUACUCAGCUUUAUGGGCUACGGCACCCCUGUCGAGUCGCUGUUACCACAACCGUCGGUGUUGAUCUCAAGCUUAUCGCCAACUAUCACCCUGGAGGCACUGGACAUUAUGUCGAUUCGCGUAUGGAUGACUGGAGAGCGGCCCGUUGUACUUCGGCCGCACCAAUGUAUUUCGAAGGAGCUUUGCAGUCGGAUGACGUCUAUUGGGAUGGUGGGUUAAAGGCGAAUAACCCGAUUCAGGAUGCUGUGAGUGAGUCCAAAACCAUCUGGGGCAAGAAUAUCAACUUCGAUUUACUUCUGUCUGUCGGAUGCGGGAAAGCAGAUGGACCUGCUAAACAACCAAAUUCUUGGCACCUUGUUCCAGAGUCCCUUGUCAAUCUCGUAAGGACUCUUUUCAGCACGAUGGACGGCCAAGCAGCGUGGAACACAUUCGGGAAGACGGCCGACGAUAGAUUAUUAGGCCGAGCUACAAGGUUGAAUGUGAAGCUUUCUGAGCAGCCAAAAUUGGACGACAUUGGGAAAAUCCACGAGAUGCAACAGGUUGCGGCGGGUCACGAAUUCUACAGCGAGUCGAAAUCUUCAUCUUCAAUUUUUGAACCGAUUCUAGGUCAGGCACCAAAUGACACACUGCAGUGUCUCGCAGUUCGGUUGCGGGCGAGCCUGUUUUUCUUCAAAAUGAUAUACAUGGAAGAUGAACAGGGAUCAGUCGUCAUUCGGGGAUGGAUAUGCUGCCGAUUACCUCCUGACAACCCGGGAUUCAAAGCCCUUAUCAAGAUGACAAGGGGCUUCUACGUGAACGAUGAGCAGUUACUACCAUUGUCCAAAUUAUGGCCAGAAGGAAAAACAACCCCCUUCAAACCUAGCGUCCUCAUCCAUGCAUCCAAGGAGAGCAUAGAUGGCCCUGUUCGAAUUGACGUGGACUUUCACGAGCCCUACAGAGCCGCGAUCAGUGGAUUUCCCAUGACACUCAAGGCGCUUCUCGAUUAUGGCAACGAGAAUUCGGAUAACCUCCAGGCUGCCCAGGCUUUUGAACAGGAAUGA